ACGUGAUUAUAAAUCUCUAGCCACUAACGUCAGAAUUUAAUUUACUGGACAGUUUUCUUGUCAUUUUUCGGGAAAAGGUUGUUUGUGAAUAAAAAUUCUUUCGAAUUUUGAAAUUUAAUUGCUUUUUACAUUUAUGAUUUAAGCAAAUUCAACAAACUGGUGUUGAAAGGUUUGUAAGCAAUCAGACGAUUGGUUUAAAACUUUUACCCUCCGAAGGUCCUUGACACUCUACGACAUGGCGGUAUUCCUCAGAAAAUCUACAAAUAUUUCCAAAUACCUGUUUUCGAACGCGAAACUUGCCAGCGUUUACAGUUCGAGAAUUAUCGGAUGCCCAAAAUCAACAUGGGAAAACGUAGAGAUGGGCCCACCAGAUGCUAUUCUUGGUCUUACAGAGGCUUUCAAGAGCGAUACGAGUGCAAACAAAGUCAAUUUGGGUGUUGGAGCGUAUAGAGAUGACGAUGGAAAACCGUGGGUUUUACCAAGUGUAAGAGAAGCUGAAAGGAUUAUGACCGAUAAUAAACUGGAAAAAGAAUAUGCUGGAAUUGCAGGAUUUCCCGAAUACACUAAAUAUUGUGCCCAAUUAACAUUUGGUGAAGAUUCAGAGGUUGUCAAAGAAGGAUUAAACUCUACAACAGCAGCUGUUGCUGGAACUGGAGCUCUUCGAAUUGGUGCAGAGUUUAUCUCCCGCUGGUACAAACCAUCAAAAUGUAUUUAUUUGCCAACGCCAACUUGGGGAAACCAUAAGCCGAUUUUUAGGGACGCUGGCCUAGAAUUGAAAGAGUAUCGCUAUUAUAAUCCGAAAACAGUUGGUUUCGACUUUGAAGGUUGUAUGGAGGACUUGUCACGCAUACCGGACAAUUCUAUUGUACUACUUCAUGCUUGUGCUCAUAAUCCUACUGGUAUAGAUCCAAAACCUGAAAAUUGGCGCGAAAUGAGCCAGCUGUUUAAAAAAAAGCAGUUUUUAGCUUAUUUCGAUAUGGCUUAUCAAGGAUUUGCCAGCGGUGAUACAGACAGAGACGCUUUUGCUAUUCGUCACUUUGCAUCCGAACGCAUACCUAUUGUCGUUGCUCAAUCUUUCAGCAAAAAUUUUGGUCUGUACGGCGAAAGAGCAGGUACAUUUACAGUUGUGUCGCAAACAGCCGAAGAGCAAGCAAGAGUUACAAGUCAACUGAAAAUACUUAUUAGACCGUUGUAUAGUAAUCCGCCGAUUAACGGAAUGCGAAUAGUCACGCAAAUUCUCUCUUCCAAAGAGUUAAAACAAAAGUGGAUGUCUGAUGUAGUGACUAUGGCCGAUCGCAUCAUUUCCAUGAGACAACUGCUCGUCGACAACUUGGCUAAAUUGGGUUCUUCUCACAACUGGUCUCACAUCACUGAUCAAAUUGGAAUGUUUUGCUUCACUGGUCUAAAUACAUCACAGGUGGAACGAUUAACCAAAGAAUUCCACGUUUAUAUGACGAAAGACGGUCGCAUUUCGAUGGCGGGAGUUACUACAAAAAAUGUUGAAUAUGUUGCCAAGGCAAUUCACGAAGUGUCAAAGUAA